AUGAGGUCGUUAUUUUUGACCUUGGCCUCUUUAUACCUUUUUUAUCUCCAAUUGGUCUCCUGCGAUAACAUCGCUUGCGGGCCAAACAAUCAAUGUGCCCUUGGCUGUUGCUCAAAGAGUGCAAAGGUAUGCGGUUAUGGACCUUCGUAUUGUCAUAAAGACAAGUGUUUAGCGGAGGGUAGCGCACAUGGAACGUGUAGCCAGAAAUCUGAAUGUGACCCAGGUGUUUAUCCAGGCUGGGGAGAAAAUUGGGGAUCGGAUUAUGCAAAUGCGACACAUUGUCCGCUCAAUGUCUGCUGUAGUCCCUACGGAUUUUGCGGCACGACCAAAGACUUCUGCGGUGAUGACACUGUUGCAGAACCUCGUUGUGGGGGAUCAUCCGCGACAAAACGAACUAUUGGGUACUAUGAAGGUUGGAAUCUACAACGUUCUUGUGACACAAUGGAACCUGAGGGGAUUCCCAUCGGGGGUUACACCCAUAUCAACUUUGCUUUCCUUUACAUUAACCCUAUAACGUUUUUGGUCGAACCAAUGGUAAAAAACCAGGAAGCACUCUAUGACCGCGUUGCUGCCUUGAAAAAGAGGAAACCAGGUCUAAAGGUAUGGGCCUCCAUUGGGGGAUGGGACUUCAACGAUCCGAGCCCGACUUUCCGGACCUUUUCACAACUAGCGGCGUCACCUUUUGGUCAAUUUCUAUUCUCCCAGUCGCUACUGGCAUUUCUUGAAGCGCACGGUUUUGACGGAGUGGAUUUAGACUGGGAAUAUCCAGUUGCUUCAGAACGAGGAGGGAGUGAUGUAGAUUACGAUAACUAUGUUUCAUGGCUUGCAAAUCUCCGCGUGGCUCUUGACGGUGCUGGCAAGGGAUAUGGACUGUCCCUUACUCUACCAAGUAGCUAUUGGUAUCUUCAGCAUUUCGAUAUUGCUAAAAUGGCUAAGAGCGUUGAUUGGUUUAACAUGAUGUCCUACGAUCUUCAUGGCUUGUGGGAUCAAAAUAAUAAGUGGAUUGGUUCUAUUGUGAACGGUCAUACAAACCUGACGGAAAUAUCCCUUGCUAUGGACCUCCUAUGGAGGAACAGUAUCAAGCCUGAUCAAGUUGUCAUGGGGCUGGGAUUUUAUGGAAGGAGUUUUACUCUUAAAGAUCCUUCUUGUGGAACGGCCGGGUGCCCCUUUUCUUCUGCAGGGAGACCCGGAGAGUGUACCAAAAGCGCCGGUACUCUGUCAUUUACUGAGAUUGAGGCCAUCUUAGCUGACCCAAGGCGUGGUGCAAAGAAAGUUUAUGAUCCUGUAGCGGCAGUGGAAAUCGUAACUUUCGACAACGACCAGUGGGUUAGCUAUGAUGACUCGAAGUCUUUCAAGGCGAAGAUGGACUAUGCCAACUCACAUUGCAUUGGUGGCACACUGGUUUGGGCCGUAAGCCUCGAUAGCGAUGGCACCGCUACUAAUGCUUUAACGGGAACAACAAAACCUUUUAUUGAUGAUGAUGGGUCAAAUGGCGGCAGUGGGGAUGUCUAUAUAGGGCCUGAUCUUUGGGAAAAUUCGACGCAUGUGGUUGCAUGCGAACCUCCUUGCACUAUGGUGUUGCCCCCAUUCCCUAUAGAGACACCAGUCACGGUAAACUGGCCAGCCUACACGACAUCCGUUCUAUCUAGCUCUGCUGGGACGACCUACACCAAAACAACGGUUAUCAAUAUCCCGCCAUUUGUUGUGACUGAAAUACCGGUCUGGCCUGUGACCGUUGCAGAGCCUGGCUUAUCGGCACUGUUUCCACCUAAACAAAGUAUCGCACCGCCACCCCUUAUAUUGACGCUUCCUGCCACCGAAGCGGUUUUCCCAGUGACACAUCCUGAGCAUACCAAGACUAUCACUACCCCAUCAAUGCCGGACCCUACAACCUCAGGCUCUGCUACCAUUUCUACCCCAGCCGCUGUCCAGCCUGGGAUGGUUUCCGGCUGUCGUGAGUUUUAUAAGGCUAUGGCGGGGGAUAAUUGUUAUGGCAUUGCUACAUCCCAUGGCACGACCCUGGAAAAGUUCAUUGAAUGGAACCCAGCGGUAGGGGCCGACUGCUCGGGGCUUUGGGCAAACGAAUACUACUGUAUCUCCGUUGGAUCUGAUUCUACUAUUACCGGCGGUUCUACUUCUGGCACCGCGUCAUCCACAAGAAUACCGCCAGUUUUCCACACAACAGCCCACACUAUCACAAUCCAACCGCAGCCUACUUUCACUUCGAUUCAGCCACCCACAAGAACAAUUCCACCUCUCCAAUAUGUGGAUGGAAAGCCGCCUUCUAGCGGAGGUUGUACUGGAGGAAAGCCUUUAUCCGGCUGCGGAGUUCACGAUUGCACUCUUUUUGGCUGUGGAAAAUGCAUAGGACCUGGAGGAGACGGGGACGAUUCCGGAGACGACGACACUACUACUACAACAACAACCUCUUGCACGAGUUCUAUGACUACUACGACAGCGUGUGAUACAGCCUGUUCUGAUUCUGAGGAUAAGGCCUGCGAGACUAUCUGCGACACUGUGACGGUCGGAGGGUGUCAAAAAGAUGAACCUCUUUGGCUUCAGAUUGAAACUCCUGUAGCUGAUCCCUGGCCUUGGUUGGAUGAGAGCGAUGAGGAAAUGCUUUCAAAAGCACUCUCCGUUGCCUCCUUUAUCAAUCCACGACUUACUGCGAUAGAUCCAAUAACGAUUGAUGGUACGCCGUUCACCGCAGGACCCGCUCCUACCACCACCAGCACACCCGUCCACACCGAAACGUCAAAUUGCAAGGUGUGCACCUCGACAGAAGGGCAGAAAACAUCUUCCUGCACAUUUCAGGAUAACUGUACUCCAACGCCGCCACCUAAACCAGAGCUCUCUGCCACUUGCGACUUCCGCAGUAAUUAUGGCGUUGCCUACCGUUUCACAGUCUGGAAUAUUCGGGGAUGGGCAAAUGACCAUGGAAUGGCCCUCAAACGCGAAGAAGAUGGCUGUGCCACUCUAAGCGGGUGGGUAUUCAAGGAGGCCACGGCGGAGAAAGGUGCAAGUGCGAGCUUUAAUCUGGACUAUUUCAUCAAGGCAGGGUGCGUUGAGCGAGCCAUCGUGUCGGCGGGUGGGCCCAAGGUAGAAUGCAUAGAGAUAGUAGAUUUCAACGCGGCUAACCAUCCGGACAAGCCGUUGCAAUCGCCAAACGCCACUAACACCACUACAACCAGAAUCAGGGCAUUGAGGGGCAGGGGCUCCGCAAUUGUCUAA